AUAUCUCAAUAAAAUGAAGAUAAAAAAAUAAAUUAAAAAAAAAAAAAAGAAGAAAACAGAGCUGAAGUCCCUUUGUGUGGACUGGAGACCAUGGGGGCGCUGGUGGGCACUUGUUUAUUGCUGCUGGUCGCCAUCCGCCUGCCCCAAAGCCCAGGUGAGCCCACAGCCCUGAGAGCUCAGGCUGCCGGGGAGGCUGGAGAGCGCUGGGGAGGGAUGGCGUCGCUGCUCCUUAGCCCGGGAUUUCCCGUGUCGGAGAACCUUCUCCAGGUGCGUUUUGGAAGAAAGGGUGAGGGAGGUUAGUACAAGCCCGGAUAGUCACAAAGAGCUUGGGCAACGUUUACUUAGUGAACUUCUGUGGAUUCUGGAGUUCUAGCGUUGAGACAGAGCUGCUAGCCCUGCUGGGGCUAGGGCGUCUCCUCCAAGGAAAAACAAUCACGUGGAAGUAACUAGAAGCCAAAUGUCUCUCUUCCAGUAGGAGCAUGUUUUUCCUCUGUAUUUUUAAUGCAACCUAAUUUACAUCAUUUGCAUCCUCACAGAGUAAGCCCCAUUUCAGUUACCACAGGGAGAGCAGGUUCCUUCCUGCUCCAGUGUCAUCUUAUAGGCGCCCAGGCUGAAAACGGACAGGAGAGGCUAUGAGGCACGUUCUACUCAAGGUAGGGCUGACUGAGGGACUGGCACCCCUGGGGUGUAAAUAGAGACUGCAGCUGAGUGUUGCUACCAGUAAUAUCAGAACAUCUGAGCCUGAGGCCAGGAAAAUCUGAGUGGGAAAUCUCUGGAGUGAACCCUAAAAUAAGUUCGUAUGUACACAUAUGCACAUAUGCUCUUCUACACAGGACUGCAGUGCGGAAUCUGGGCGGUUGAUUUUAAAAGUAAGGAGACUGUCUUGUAAUCUGGGUUCUUCUCUAGUUGGAUGAAUUCAACAGUUGGUGGACAUCCAUGGCAGGUAUCCCUAAAAUUUGGUGAGCACCACUUCUGUGGAGGAAGCUUGAUUCAAGAUGAUUUGGUUGUUAGAGCAGCACGUUGCCUGGUCAGCCUCCAUGAGAAGCAAAUUAAAAGUCUGAUUGUGACUGCAGGGGAGUACAACCUCUUUCAGAAGGUGGGAAAAUGAAUGCCCCUUUGGAGAGGUGACUCCAAAAAAUACUCUUUGGAGAGUUAACCUUGUUCUGCAGCACUAACGUCGAGUGAUGAUCAUCUAGACAAAGAAUGCUAACAUCUAAGGUAAGGUCUGUGGAGAUAGAUUGCCCUCACCAUUGCUGACAGACAAAUGAAGCCACCAUCACUUUUGUUUGACACAGAAAAUAGUGGCAGCGGCUUUGAGCUUACUUUACAUUCAGGUUGUGGGAGUGUGGCUAUGUUGGUGAAAGAAGGGAUGAUUCACUCUGCCAAUUAUCCUGACUUAUAUCCCAGGAAUGCAAAGUGUCAUUGGUUCAUUCAUGCCCCAGAGCAACACAUUAUAAAGUUGGCAUUUGAGGACUUUACUGUUGAAUUUAAUGAAAACUGUAAUUAUGAUGCCGUUACGAUUUUUGGUGAUCCAGAAAAGAAGCAUGAGUUAGACUCUUUAAACAAGAUUGGACAGACAUCACCUCCAAAAACCAAUCCUCUUCCUCCUGCAAAAGCUAUUCCCUAUGACCUCUGCGGAAUCCCUCCGUUCAGUCCCCAGUGGCUUUCCAGACGAAUUGCAGGAGGGGAGGAAGCCUGCCCCCACUGCUGGCCACGGCAGGUGGGCUUGAGGUUUCUAGGAGAUCACCAGUGUGGAGGUAUCUUUAUCAACCCAAUUUGGAUUCUGACUGCAGCCCACUGUGUACAAUCGAAAAAUAAUCCACUGUACUGGACUGUCAUUGCUGGGGACCAUGAUAGAAACCCAAAGGAACCAACUGCACAGGUGACAAGGGUAAAGCACAUCAUGGUACAUGAAGGCUUUGAUAUACUGAGCUAUGACUCUGAUGUUGCUUUAAUAUAACUGAGCUCUCCUCUGGAGUACAACUUGGCAGUGAGGCCAGUAUGUCUCCCAUGGGACCCAGAACCUCUGUUUUCCUCUGAGAUCUGUGGCACUAGAUGGGGAAGCACUGGUGAAGAUGGCGGCCUAGCAAGACGCUUACAGAAGAUUCAAGUGCUUGUUUUAGCAAGAGAGGUCUGUGGAAAUGCUUAUUAUUCUGCUCACCCAGGAGGGAUCACAGAGGGGAUGAUCUGUGCUGGUUUGGCAUCAUCUGGAGCAGAGGAUUUCUGUCAGGGAGACCCUGGUGGAUCAUUAGUAUGCAGAUAUGGAAGAGGUCCCUUUAUCCUCUACGGCAUCGUCAGCUGGGGUGCCGGCUGUGCCCAGGCAGGGAAUCCAGGUGUAUUUGCCAGGGUGAGGGUUUUCUGGGACUGGAUCCAAUCCAAAAUCAAAGGAAAUAAAGUGAAAGCAGUGAUUAAAGACCUCGUAACAGAAGAAUCCUGGAACUGCAAAUGGGAUUACAUUGAUAUUUAUGAUGGACCAGAUGAGCAAUCUGGAUUACUUGCUCAUUUAUGUGGUUCCAAGGAAGAAUUUGUCUCGAUAUCCAGUGGUGCUUACCUGACUUUGCAUUUUAAGUCUGAUGAGUCUGUGGGAAAAAGAGGCUUUCAACUUAUUUUGGAAGAAAUAGUUCAGAAGCAACCACAGAAGAGCAAUACUGAGACCCUGUGGCCUAUCAAUGAAAAAUUUGUAUCUCCAAUAUGUUUGCCAAGGAAAGAAGAUAAAGUAGAUUUCUUUUCUACAUGUAUAUCUGCUGGAUGGGGAACAAAUGACCACACCGGAGAUUCCGGAGGACUGCUGCAGUGUGUCCAAAAUAGGCAGUACAAGCCUGUUGGCAUCAUGAGCUGGGGCAACAGUACCUGCCAUUCCGCUGCACCAUCUGUCUUCACCAGAAUUUCUGCUUACAGGGACUGGAUCACAUCUGUCACUGGAGGAGAAGCAUGAUUACUGAAAGCAGCAUGGGGGAGUUGUUUGUUAAUGGGAAAGGAAAUAUAUAAAAUAUAUCUGAAAUAUAAUUCUCUUGUCAUGUCUGACAAAUUCAACGUCACUUCUCCCCACCCUUGUCAUUGUGGAGGUUAGAUUUGGGGCUUAUGUAUGUUCAGUACUAAAUAUCAGUCACAGAACUUAAUAUUGGUUCAUGCCUCCUGGGAACUUAGGAUGUGAAUAAAUUCAUAUCUUGCACUCCAUUAUGUGUCAUGAAUUUGAAUACCAUCAUACACACUUUUACCAUUUUUUCUAGUUUGGUGAACAUUGGAAGAUGUGAAGGGAAAUGUUAUUCAGUCGAUAAAAGACUUGAUUGUAUCCAUACAGAAACAGGCCAAAAGCUGUCCUUGAGCACAGUUAGGAUAUGUCCCUGUAAGUUUCACAAUUUCAAUGAGCAUUGGAUAUACAAGAGAUUAUCAGGCACUUCAACUGACUUUUGAAAAAUUUUAGAGGGAAUUAGAUAUUUUAAUUGUUUACAAGAAUUUAUCUGAAAAUCAACUUGCAAAUACCUCAUCUCUCUAAGCUGUAGCUAAGAAUCACAAAAUAAGUAACUAAGGCAGGCCGUGAACCGUAAGGAUAGAUGCCAAAGUCCCUCACAGAAAUAGAAUUUAGCCUAAAAGGUUGAGGGCACCUUUUUUAUUUUACACAUUUCCAGCAAAACUUGUUUUGAAGAUGGCAAUAUUCAGAAAGGGAGUAUGUUCAGCUGUAGGUAAAUCUACAUAUUAAAGGAGUAACUCAUGAUGAAGGCAUGAAAAACUGUGUGUAUGUAG